UUCGGAUAAUUAAAUCAAAAGCAAAAUUUUCAAAUCAAAUUAUGGCGGACCAUGUAGCCGACGAUGUGAACGAAGUAACUGAACAAUCCGCGGAUCUCAAGCCCAACCUCGCCACAGGGCCAACGAUGGUGGAUCACUCUACUGGGGAUACUGUGGAUAUUAGGGAAAGUAAACAGCCGAACCAGAUUGAACCAGAGCUUCCCAGCAUUCCAGAAUGUCCCACUGUUUCUAAUGUUUCCAUUGCUUCCAAUGAGAGUAUAAGCGUCGACGAGCAAUUUUCAGACAAGCUUGUCUGUAGCAAGACCACUUCUACCGAAAGCUUCGAUCCGGAAGUGCAUUGUCUCGUUUCAAAAUCCUUGGAGCAACUGCAGGCAAUGCCCUUAGAUCCAGAGUUCAGCAUCCACAUUAUUAACCUCAAUAGCGCCGAGAAGCUAGCUUGCUCACAGAACCCUAAACCAGACAUAUCUGACAAAUUAUAUGAGGUGCUCUGCGAUCAAUCCAAGUGUUCAACGAAAGUGUUUGUCGGCAAAUAUAAGUUUCGAUGUCAUUUGUCCCUAUUGAAGGCAUAUUCGAAAUAUUUUUUUAAAUGCAAGGAGACCAAUAUCAUCAGGCUGCCACCUGAAAAAAUAACCCCAACGGCCUUCCAUUCAAUCUACAACUGGAUAUUGAACAUCAAGGACGGUUCUAAGCGCAACCUUGUCGAGAUUAUCAGUGGGGCAACAUUUCUUGAAAUGGACGCCGUCUUGGAGGCCUGCUGGAGCAUGUUAAACCGGUCGGAAAUUACAGAAAAUGUCGCAUUCCAAUUAUUUUGUGAGGCCUCUAAAUUUUCUUUGCCAGACUUUGAGUCGCUAAUGUUGUCGCGCAUUUCAAAAUUCUUUCUCACUCUGGUUGCCUCGCGGGAAUUUAUUGAGAUGAACGCUGCACAAAUAUGCAAGCUUCUCAACAUGCACAAUGUGGGAGUGAACAGUGAGAUCGAGAUCUUCAUGUCGGCAUUGCGCUGGCUAUCCCAUGAGUGGCCGGCCCGUCAACCCCACCUGGUCGAAAUCAUGGAAUGCGUCCGCUUCGGCCUGUUGCCGCCACUCUUUUUGCGCUAUCUGCAGAAUGCACAGGACACGCGGGUGAUGCAUCACAUUAGCAACAGUCCGGAGGUCCAGGAUAUGAUCAACAACGCCUUUAUCUACGCCUCAACGGAAAUGUACUGCACGGACUACACUCGACGUUGCGAGUUUUUGUUGCCCAACUUCGAGGUGCCCGUGCAGCGUCGAUGGAUCUUUGAUAAGGAUUGCGCGUAUCAUCACGACUUCAGUUGCCCGCAACGGCAGUUCUUUACCUAUAAUCAGUUUCUACAAUAUUUGCUGAAGCUGCAAGCAACGGGGCCGGAGUAUUGGCAAAAGCUGCCGAUAGUUAAAGAUAUGCAGAAGCCCAUCGCCUGUUGUAGCUCUGAUUAAUUGCGAUUAAAUGCGGGUCUCGUUUUCUGCCGCUAUCGCAUAAAUUAGCCCAACAUUUGGCAAUGGCCAGUUGCCAGACAAACACAAACACACACACACAUGUACAGUGAAAGCCAACGAAAAGGAAGUAUGCGGCAAUAUUUGACUACAAGAGUUGUUUGGCCGGCUCUCUACAGCCGCCAACUCAUUCAAAACACAAUGGCCAGGUCGCACACACAAAGGUGCCGCAAAUUUGCAGCAGUUUCUUAAUAAGCCAGACUGAAAAAGAUAUAUCCACAAUGCCGCAAACACAUAUAAA